AUGUCGGAACCGCCUUUAUAUGAUUUACCUUAUCGCGGACUGCACUCCAGAGGCAUCUUCACGGUGACCUUCUAUGGUGGUGCAAUGGAUCCCUCGGCUCCACCAAAUCAUGGUCCAACUGCUGCCACCACCCAAAUCGAAGAGGCUGUUGUCGUCGUUCUCGCCGAGGAGGAGGACGACGACGAUGGUAAUGGCAGCGAGAAUGAAGGAAUCAUCGAUGUGGCCGAGGUCGAGAAGCGGAUGUGGAAGGACAAGCUGCUGCUGACGAAGCUGAAGCAGCGGAGGGGGCAGCAGCAAGGCGGCUUCUCCGGUGCUCUGGUGGAGCCCCUGGCUAAGGAGCGGUCGCGGCGGCGGGCGAUGGCCCGAGCCCAGGACGGGGUCCUGCGGUGCAUGCUCAAGAUGAUGCAACACUGCAGCGCCCGUGGGUUCGUGUACGGCAUCGUGCCGGAGCGGGGGGACCCGGUGACAGGGUCGUCGGAGAACCUCAAGUCCUGGUGGAAAGACUCCGUCGCGUUCGACCGCAAUGCCCCGGCGGCCAUCGCCCAGUCCACGCUCGCCCAACCGAACGAACUGGUUCUGACCUCUUACAUCGAUCGCCUGCGUAUGUUACAGGACAGCACGCUCGGCUCGCUCCUCUCCGCGCUCAUCCAGCACUGCGAACCGCCGCAGCGGAGGUUCCCCUUGGAGAGGGGGCUGCCGCCUCCCUGGUGGCCGACCGGGGAGGAGCCAUGGUGGGGGGUGCAAGGCGAGGCCCACGCUCAGGGGCCUCCGCCCUACAGGAAGCCGCAUGACCUCAAGAAGGCUUGGAAGUUGAGCCUACUGACCGCCGUCAUCAAGCACAUGAGUCCAAACCUGGGCCACAUGAGGAAUCUGGUCUGGCAGUCGAAGAGGUUGCAGAACAAGAUGACCGCCAAGGAGAGCGAGGUGUGGUCGAAGAUGGUGAACCAGGAAGAAGCUCUCCUGCAGCUCGCCAACCGCUCCCUCAGGAUCUCCCCCAUUCCCGAAGAUGAAGCGGCCGGCAAUUCUGCGGCCGAGAAGGGCCCGGACGGCCGCAGGAACGACGACAAGAGGAAGUGCGAGUUCGGCGACAACUCGAGGGAGAAAUGCUCGAGAGCCGAGUUGCAGAACGGGGAUGGUAGUGGGGAGUUUGAACUCGAUUUAUCGGGGAAUUGUGUGCUCGAAGAUGAUCGGAGAGCGAUCGACGAGCUCAUGAUGCUCUACUACAGCGCUCGAGACUUCACUCGGCUAGUGUGA